AUGAACACUGCCUCCACACUCCGCCUGCUUCGGCACACCUCCAGUCGCCUGGCUGCUCGCCCGGCGGCGGGGGUGACCAACACUCCACUGGUCAAAACCAGCGCUCGCCUUCUGAACACCACCUCCUCCCAGAGGAUCACCCACAGCCCGCGAAGAAAGAACGACUCAGACCCCUAUCAUAAAGUCAGUACAGAUGCAACCGGCACUUCUGCUGGCCCGCACGAAGGCUCAGCUUCCCGGACCGAUCGAGAUAUUAUCGUCGAGUAUCCAGAUGAUGAGUCCGAAUUAGCUGCCCACCAACCGCCCCUGAGAGGCAGAGGUGGCGUGCACUUUGUUCGCACCUUGCCGACCUUCUCGCUCGAGGGCCGUACUGCCGUCGUCACCGGUGGCGCCCGCGGCCUUGGUCUUGUCAUGGGCCAGGCUUUGGUCAGUUCCGGCGCAGACCUAGCUAUCGUCGAUUUGAACAAGGAGGAAGGUGAAAAACAAGCCAAGGAGCUCGUGGAGAUGUUCCGCCGGGAGAACCCAGACGACCCUGAAGUCGUCCCCAAAAUCACCGCCCACUAUUGUGACGUGUCCGAUCCUGAGAGCGUGACCGAAUGCAUUGGCGAAAUCGUCGACAAACACGGCAAGAUUGACCACUUGGUCACCUCGGCCGGUUUCACCGAGAACUUCGCUGCAGAGAUAUAUCCGUAUGAUCGUAUGAAAAAGUUGUGGGGUGUCAACGUUGAUGGAACCUAUCUGUUUGCAACAGGCGUUGCAAGGCACUUGAUGGACCGGAACAUAACUCACGGCAGCAUCGUCUUCAUUGGCAGCAUGUCCGGCGCCAUUGUCAAUGUGCCGCAACCCCAAGCGCCCUACAAUGCGGCCAAGGCAGCAAUCCGCCAUCUGGCUGCCAGCUUGGCGGUGGAAUGGGCCCAUGCGCACAUCCGAGUCAACUGCAUCAGUCCAGGUUAUAUGUUGACAGCAUUAACCCGUAAAAUCCUCGAUGACAAGCCGGAGCUCAACAAGACCUGGACAUCCCUCAUCCCUGUGGGAAAGAUGGGAUCCCCCGAGGACUUGCAGGGCGCCGUGGUCUACCUGCUCAGCGACGCGAGUCGAUACGUGACGGGAGCCGAUUUGCGUGUUGAUGGAGGGUAA